AUGACACGUUUUAUGAGUAUCGCUUGUGUUUAUUUAAAGCAACAUUUCUUUAUGAUAACAUGGAUCUCAUUAGUUGUUUAUCUUUUUUAUAACACUUAUAUUUUUUACUCCAACGGAAGGCAAUUUUAUUACUUAAGGCGAAUGUUAGGGAUCGGCCUUUGCGUAUCGCGAGGCACAGCGACUGUCCUUAAUGUUUGUUCGGCGUUAAUUCUGUUACCUCUAUGUAAAAAGCUGAACCAAAUAUUGUUUAGGUUCUUAUCUAAACUAUGUCCAGGGUUAUUUUUUCUCUGGUUGGAGAAAGCGAAGAGUUUUCAUAUGACUGUCGCGUUCACUUUACUUCUGUUUGGUGUGAUUCACUCCGUGUCGCAUUUUGUUAAUCUGUGGAAUUUUUCCCGACGAUACGACGAGCAGAGGGAGGAAAUUAAUUUUGCUAGCUAUAAAAAUGAGAACCCACUUAAUUUACUGAUGAGCUUAGCUGGAGUCUCCGGUGUUGCGAUGCUCUGCAUCAUUCUGUGCAUGGGUUCGACCUCUAUAAGAGUUGUACGUCGGAGGGUGUACAAUGCGUUUUGGUACACGCACCAUCUGUAUCUUCCCUUUAUGGUGCUGCUUGUGAUACAUCCAAUAAGCGGAGUGCUGAAGGAAGAAGUAUUAGAAGAUAAUGAUGCUAGUCAUAUUAUGUCUAUGAAGUCAAAUGAUACAUUUGUCGUACCAAAGUUUUCUGCUAUUAAAUCAAAGACCUGGCUGUGGAUGGCUGUGCCGCUUACAUUUUAUUUCGUCGAUUUGGUUUGGAGGAUAUUCGCCAGAAAUAUGUCGAAAGUGAACAUAUUAAGAGUUCGACACAUGCCCGGGAGAAUAAUCAGCCUGGUGUUGCGAUGCCCUUAUGAGAAUUUCUCUUGCCGUGUUGGACAAUACGUCCUCGUUCAGUGUUUAGAUGUCUCUGUGAUAGAGUGGCAUCCAUUUACCGUCGUCAAGGUUCCAGACACCGAGAGAGAAUUCGAGCUGUGGAUAAAAGUUAAAGGAGACUGGACAGAAGCUUUAGAAAGAGUUCUUUUAGGAAGUGAAUAUGACACAAUAAGUAUGUUAAUAGAUGGACCAUUUUCAAGCCCAAUGGAGGGAGCGUGUAAGAGUGAUAUAGCUAUAUGUGUGGCAGCGGGGGUUGGAAUUACCCCCUUCGUUCCAAUGUUAGAAUUUAUUUGCAGAAAUCCUAGAAGUCGAUAUCCAGGAAGGAUCCAUUUGAUAUGGAUUGUAAGAAGUGAACAAGAAAUAAUCAGUUUGGUCGAACUUGCUGAUAAAUGUAUAAGGAAAUUGCGAAAUGAAAAUCGUCCAGACAAACUUCACUUAGAGUUAUACGUCACAAAUUCAAGAGAAAACGAUAACACACUAGACAAAGCUACACACACAAUUCAAAUAAAUGAUAAAGGUGACCUUACCCACAUUUUAACAAAGGACAAAGUAGUCGUUGAUAAAACUGCUACACUGUAUCCAAAAUGUAAAAGAAAUACCUUGCUUGAUAUAGACGUAAGAAUAAAUAAAAGGUUCGUCAAGAAAAGCAAGAAGAAUGAAGAAAUUAUCACACUCCUAACUCCAAAGCCAAAAAGAAAUACAAUUGAGAUUAAAUUAAAUAAGGAUACUUCAAAGGGCACAAAAGUAAUGGUUGAAGAAAAGUGUAACAUAAUUAAAAAUUAUCCGCUAGUUGCGUGUAGGAUUAAAAGUGGAAGACCUUACUGGGAUCGAGUAUUUGGAUAUUGGGUUCAUUUGUACCCAGGGCGCGAACUAAGUCUAUAUUGCUGUGGACCAAAGAAUUUAGUUAAACUGUUAAGAAUACAAUGCAAGAACACUUCACUGAAGACGAAAACGAAAUUUACGUUUAUUCAUGAAGCUUUUUCGUAA